GGUUAAACGUCAACUAUAGGACCCCACAACACACGAACUAUAUCACGUUCUGGACCCGCGCAACGUUCUGGGUCCUCUCCUAACCAAUUAAACAAUAUGCAAUUGCAGGGACAUUCCUAACGGAGCUGCGACUCGUAAGAAUUGAACAUAAAGACGUGGCGGCAACACACCUGCAACUGUAAAGCAGCCAUUCAAUGCGGCCGUACAAUUCUGUCCCAAUUAAGAGGGAGUGUCGAUUGUGGAACCAGUUGUUUGUUUGUAUUGGGGUUUUAUGACUUGAAAAAUGGGUCGUCAGGCCAGGAGAUACUUUGCUGACAGAGAUUCAGAUGCUUCCGUCUCAGAAUCCGAACAAGAAGAGGAAUUGGAAUUCCAAGUGGAAGAAGAGGAGGAGCACGAAGACAAUAGGGCUAAGGAGGAGAAGAAAACUCCCAUUACAAUCGUCCUCAAAAAAGUCUGCAAGGUCUGCAAACAAGUUGGUCAUGAAGCUGGGUUCAAAGGAGCUACUUAUAUUGACUGUCCUAAGAAGCCAUGUUUUUUGUGUAAACAGCCUGGACACACCACUAUGACAUGCCCACACCGCAUAGCAACAGAACAUGGGGUUGCUCCUGCCCCCCGCAGACACAUACUGGGUCCCUUUGACUUUGUAUAUGAACGCCAGAUCAAAAAUCAUAUCAACAUGAUCAAGCCAACUUAUGUGAUUCCUACCCAGGUGGACUGUGCAAUCAAGUUACAUAGCAGACGUGUAACCUGUUUAGAAUUUCACCCCACAAAGAACAAUAUUCUUAUAUCAGGAGACAAGAAAGGUGAAAUUGGCAUCUGGGAUUAUGAGAAGGUGCUUGACACGAUAUUGUAUGAUUCAGUCCAUAGUUGCAUUGUGAACAAUAUCAAGUUUCAUCCUGUGAAUAGUGAAUUUAUAUAUACAUCAGGAUCAGAUGGAACUAUUAGCUGCACUGAUAUUGAAACAGGACUUCCAGUAAUCCUGAUGGACCUCAAUCCAGAUGGUUGGAAUGGACCAGCAACAUGGAGAAUGCUGUAUGGAAUGGAUAUCAAUCCAGAAAAAGAUCUUUUGCUGGUGGCAGAUAACUUUGGACUCGUUUACCAGAUAGACAUGCGUUCAAACAAAAAAACAGGGGAACCUGUUCUAAUCCAUAAAAAGGGUUCUAAAGUGGUGGGACUUCAUUUCAAUCCGGUACAUCCAGAUCUUUUGAUCAGCUGUGGCAAUGAUCAUUUUGUUCGUCUUUGGGAUAUUCGCCAGUUGAAAGCAGGAGCUUGCUUGGCAGAGCUGGCACACCCACGAGUAGUGAACUCAGCUUAUUUUUCACCAAGGACUGGCACUAAAAUAAUGACAACUUGCCAAGAUAAUCGCAUACGUGUGUGGGACUCCAUCUUUGGUGAUUUGAACUUCCCAAGCCGUGAAAUUGUCCAUAGUCAUGAUUUUAAUCGUCACCUGACAUGUUUUCGUGCAGAGUGGGAUCCAAAGGAUCCCUCUGAGUGUCUUGCGGUUAUUGGUCGCUACAUAAGCAAUAACUUCAAUGGUGUAGCUUUACAUCCCAUUGAUUUUAUUGACACAAGUAAUGGACAGCUUGUUGCUGAAGUUGCUGAUCCAGAUAUAGCUACCAUAACUCCCGUCAAUAAAUUUCACCCUCGGAAAGAUCUUUUGGCAUCAGGCAGCUCCAGGUCACUGCUUAUUUGGUGUCCAAAAGAGGAGAUUGAUUCUGAUGAAAUGAUUGAAGAAAGAAAGCACAAAGUUUCCCCAUACACAGUACUAAAGGGAAAAAGGCCGAAAGGCAAGUUGGAAGAUGAUGAUGAAGAUGACAACUUCACUUCGAAGAAAAAGAGCAAAUUGAAUUACCCAUCCUUCAAAACAGGAACAUGUUCAAUUGCAAAAAGAUCAAAAUAAAGCUUUCAUCUCUUUCUUGAGAGAGUCAAUUUUGCUUUUCAUAGGGCUGAUGGCAACAUAUGUAUGCUUGUACUAUUUUGAAAUGAGCAAGAGGAAGUCAGGUUUGGUCAGAAGAUUUAAUGUCAGGUCUGAAGGUUUAAGUUGAAUUUUCAUAAUUUUGCUUGGAAUAUGCAAUCAGUUGUAUCCUUUACUAGAUAUUUUUGGUUUUCUACCUUUCUGCGCAUAUUGUGUAAGGUUUGUAGUUGGAACCUCUCAGCCUUUUGUGGGAAUUUAUUUAGGUCAUUUACCAUGCACAAUGAAAUAUUUCUUGCUUAGUACUCA